GUCAAUAACAAAUGUUUCUCUCGUGUUGAUGUUUUCCUGAUGAAGCAACGUUGCACUGUUUAUUAUGGGCUACAGAAGUUUAAGCUGGUUUGUCAAAGCUGCUAUUUCUUUAGAGUUAGGCUGACGUCUUGUUUUAUGGAUAGCCUGCUGUGUGUUACGUUGUGUGCGUGACAGCAGAGUUACAUAUGGGAAGCAAUAAAGUACACCUUUCUUUUACCAAGUAGGCCUAGGCCUUAUUACAUAUUAAAGGAACAUGAUCAAAUGUAACUGUUUGCUUUCCACUGUCAGGUUUGUGUCUGCCUUUGUUUUCAAUAUAAUUGACCUUGAAUAGCCUGCUAAUGUCCUGUGGCCUGGACAGGCUACAUCUUAAUUCCCUUUAAAUCCCUCUACAACAGAUUGCCAUAUGUGAAAGCUGAGUACAAGCCAGCAGUCCUCUGGCUGGCAUCCCGACUUGUCUUACUGCAUAUUGUUUCAGUGAGGCUGAAAUAGCAAGCAGGGUUUUUGUUUAGAGAAAUCAUUUCUACUUUGCAGUGGAAAAUAAAGUAUAAAUUGAGGAGUAUAUAUAGACUACGGCAUGCAAAAAUGAUGACAAAUCUUCAAACAUUUACACAUUACUAAUUGCACUGAUUCUCUUUAGAUGGGAGUUCCUGGCCCCAUCCAAUGAAUCAAACACAUAUCUCAUUGUGUUCAGCUGCCCUUGGCUUAUCUGUAACUGCAUGUCAUUUAAGUGUUAAAUCCUUACACCCAAAUGCUCACAAUCAUUUGGCUUUUAUUGCUUAUAAUGUGUAUGCAUUUCAGUAUUUACAACCAGGAAAGCCAAAAAUGACAGGGUUUCAUUUCAUUACGCAUAUUAUGUCAGAGUAUGCAUUGGGUUCUUUGGUCAAGUCUUGUAGUUACACGCAGGGUGACCAGCUAUGCAUUUAAAAAGGAAAAUAAAACAUUUAAUGUCACUGUAUGAAAAUCGCUGUUUAUGUUUCCUAGUCCUUUGCCUGAAUCUACAACGUAAGAGUGAUCACUGUGGCGCCAAUCAAAUCCUCUUGACAGACGCGGUGCCAGUAAGCAUGAUGUAACAUCCUAUUUACAUCCCUGUGGGCCUAAUCUGCCUAGGGCUGGCUUUGUCAUCUCUCUUGGGUGGUCAUGUUGGAGCCUCUUACUAGUGAGACACACACCUUAUCCUCCUCACUGAGAGAAAAAUGGUUGUCGCUUUUCUUUGUCCUCAGAUCUAUUAAAAAAAUCCUGUAUAGUGGGGAUUAUCCAGGAGUGGGUAAAGCUUCUAACUGUUGUGAGAUUUGCUGCAUUUGUAGUUGACUGGUGUCCACAUGCUGCUGCUGAUGUUUCUUUUCUUCACUGUCACCAAAGGAUCCAAAAGGCACGGUGUCAACUCUUGGCUGAUCACCAGGAUCCAACCUCUCCAACAGCGGAUCAGUUACUGCAGGAUGAGUUUGGAUCUUCAAGAAUUGAAGGAAAGUUAACAAGCUGAUGACACCGUCUUGAGAGAUGAUGAAUCGCUACACCACUCUGAGGCAGCUGGGUGACGGCACCUACGGCAGCGUGCUGAUGGGGAGAAGCAACGAGUCCGGAGAACUGGUGGCUAUCAAGAGAAUGAAGAGGAAGUUUUAUUCAUGGGAAGAAUGUAUGAACCUAAGAGAGGUCAAGUCACUGAAGAAGCUGAACCAUGCGAAUGUGGUGAAACUGAAGGAGGUAAUCAGAGAGAACGACCACCUCUACUUUGUCUUUGAGUAUAUGAAGGAGAACCUCUACCAGCUCAUGAAGGACAGAAGAAAGUUGUUCCCUGAAUCAGUGAUAAGAAACAUAAGCUUUCAGAUUUUACAAGGCCUGUCAUUUAUUCACAAACACGGUUUCUUUCAUCGAGACAUGAAGCCGGAGAAUCUGCUGUGCAUGGGUCCAGAACUGGUCAAAAUAGCAGAUUUUGGACUGGCCCGAGAGAUCCGCUCCAAACCCCCCUACACAGACUACGUAUCUACCAGAUGGUACCGGGCUCCAGAGGUCCUGCUCAGGUCCUCUACCUACAGCUCUCCUAUUGACCUGUGGGCUGUGGGCUGCAUCAUGGCUGAGCUCUACACUCUCAGACCUCUUUUCCCGGGCAACAGUGAGGUGGAUGAGAUCUUUAAGGUCUGCCAAGUCCUAGGCACCGUCAAAAAGACGGAUUGGUCAGAGGGCCACCAACUAGCGUCUGCUAUGAACUUUCGCUUUCCCCAAUGUGUGCCGACCCACCUGAAGACCCUCAUCCCUAAUGCCAGCAAUGAGGCUAUCGCCCUGAUGAGGGACCUGCUGCAGUGGGACCCCAAAAAAAGACCCACUGCUGUACAGGCCCUGCGUUACCCCUACUUCCAGGUAGGCCAGAUCUUAGGGCCUUGCCCUCAGAGCCAGGAGAUCAAGAAGGUCCAGGCCAGGCCGCCGGCCCAGAAGCAGGUCUCAGAGUCCAAGGCUGAUCCUCAGCAGUCUUCCUCUGACUCCAAAGCCUCCACAUCCUCCUCCAGAAACCAACAUCAACAGCCUCUUCAGCAGAUUCCCCUUCCCCAAGCUGAGAGUAAACCAGGAGGCCUCAGCCAUGCAAAAGCAGCGCCGCUGAGCAGUGAGAACGGCGUUGGUGGUGGUGGUGGUGGUGGGACGGGGGUGCUGAAGAGUGGCCGUCGUCGCUGGGGUCAGACAGUGGCCAAGAUCUCAGACAGCUGGGAGGAAUCCGACCCGCCAGAAACCGCCGCCUCCAACUCCAAGAAACCCAGCCUGGGGAACGCAGAGGAGGAGGGGAGCCUGAAGGAGCACCGCCCACAGCCCAAGGAGCAGAAACCUCUGUAUUCCUUCAGCACAGUCACGAAGCUACCCAACAAUGUUAAGAUUGGCCAAAUGGACUCUAAUCUCCCAGGAUCUGCUGCACGGCAGCACUAUCUGAGCCAGUCACGAUACCUGCCAGGGUUGAUCGGCAAGAAUCAGACUUCUGGAGAUAAGGAGUUGAGUGGUUUGACGCUGCGGGAUUUGUGGGAGAACUCCUCAAACACUGUAAAUAAACCGCUUGCUCCUAUUGGAGGAGGAUUAUCCGUCACCAGAGACAACGCAGGGAACUUUGUAAGCACCAAAUACAACCUCUCUGGUGGUUAUAUCCCUUCAGUCCAAAAGAAAGAGGUGGGCUCAGUGGGGCAGAGAAUCCAGCUUGCCCCUUUGGCUGGCCAGCACGCAAAUUACGAGGGCUGGAAGAGGAGGGCAGACAGAACUCAGAUGAAGGGGAGCAGCUACUCGGCCCUGGGGAAAACUUCCGGGAAUCUCCUGACCAGAGCUCCCCCCGUGCAGCCUGUCCACGGCAGGGUGGACUGGACAUCCAAAUACGGUGGAACUCGGUAGUUCAGAAAGAAGGCCAUGCAGCUUCUACCGCUUGUUGGGACUGUUGCCUAGUGGUACACAUCUUUGGAAGGAAGUUAAGCCUAAACACACUCCAACCUGGGGGAAAUGCUGCAUGUCCCCUGAAACAAUCUGAAUCCAAUACGGCGGUAGAUCUGGUAGAGGACAAAAAGUAGUCACACAAGAUGUUCCUUCCCACAUUCUUCAAGGAGACAUUUUCCCUGCCACAAUGGCAUCACUUUGUUCCCAGUGAUGCACCUGUAAGUGUGCAUGGAGUCUGUAUAUUUUGAAGGUGACGGUUGCCAUGAUGCUGAACCAAGACGGAUCCCGUCUGCUUGACAAUCCCACUGCUUUCCUGAAGGAGCCAGUGUGAGCCAAUUAUGCUGUUAGUGUUGUAUUGUGAGUAGGAUUUAAUUGUAGCAUAACUUUUCAUUUUUUUUGUACUCAUUGUCAAGUAUUGUUUUACUACUGAUGACAAAGCAUAAUCAGUAAUUUAUUAACAGCUCCUGCAAUGCUAUGUUCCCUCUGCUUUUAUUCCCGUAACAAAAUCUUCAGUGUAAUGGCUACAAAAAGGAUUACUUCAACUUACUGUGUACUGCACACCUCUUUGUAUUAUUAACUGAGCAUUUUGUAAACCUUUUAUACAAAUAAAUACAUGAAAGUUCAUAAUGCAUUCGCUCAAAAAGGACAAGACGACCAUUCCUAUUAUAUAAACAAGGUACUAUAUUUCAUCCAUUACAAAAUGACAUUAACAGCAAAUUACAAAUGCUGUCAGGAAGCUCCUGGAACAGAAGAAGAUGGGGUGCGCAUCAGAAUCUCGACUCCAUCAGGACUCCUGCGGUUUCUGGAGCAAUGUCAACCCAAGCUU